CUCAGGCACUGUGUUAUGUGUUACUCUUUGCGGAAGCGCUCGGUGCUAAAAGUUAAAACUCAAGAAACGGCAUCUGGUUCUGAAAAAAAAGUUAUCCAGAUUGCAUACUUUAUGAAAAGGACCUAACAACUUGCGGUGUCGAGUUUGGGACUGAUCUUUAAACAGCUCUCACAGGAGCUCUCACAGGAGCCCCCACGGGACGAUUGGAUGUGUUUGAGCCCAUCACUGCAAGGACAAGACGACAGAAAUCUGGGAGUCAUGACAUCACAAAGUAUUCGGGUCAAACAGUAAAAUGCCAAGGCGAUAAGAUCCAGUGCCGUAAGAACAAUAACAACCGGGGUGUGGCUCUCAGCCACAGGCAAGUACAACACCUGGAAACUUCCUUGUUGUGGACCAGGAAGUUAUAGGUGUGCACCUGCUGUCUGAGAGCUGUGAGGCUUCAGCACGAUGGUCUCCUCUGUGAAGCCGUACAAAAACCAGCACUACGCUGACCUGAAGAAGGACUGCAUCAGGAACAAGAAGCUGUUUGAGGAUCCCGAGUUUCGAGCCACCAACGCUUCACUCUAUUAUAACAAACCACCUCCUGGUAGGGUAGAGUGGAAACGACCUGGGGAGAUAAGUCAAAAACCUCAUCUGUUUGUUGAGGGUAUCAGCUCCCAUGAUUUGAACCAGGGAGUUGUGGGAAACUGCUGGUUUGUUGCAGCCUGCUCUUGUCUGGCCUUGAAGCCAAAGCUCUGGCAGAAGGUGAUUCCUGACUGGAAGGAGCAGGAGUGGGAUGACAAACACCCCGAGAACUACGCAGGAAUCUUCCACUUUCAGUUCUGGAUCUUUGGUGAGUGGAUCGACGUGGUGGUCGAUGACCGACUCCCUACGAUCAACGGAGAGCUCAUCUACUGCCACUCGAAAGACCCCAACGAAUUCUGGAGUGCUCUGCUGGAAAAGGCCUAUGCCAAGCUCUCUGGCUGCUAUCAGUCCCUUGAGGGCGGAAACACUGGUGAUGCUGUGGUGGAUUUCAGUGGAGCUGUAUCUGAAGCCAUCAGCCUAGAGGAAGGGCAAUUUUAUAAGGACCAAGGAAAACAAGACAAGCUUUUUGAUGACCUGCUGAAGGUGUACGACCGAGGAGGAAUCAUAAGCUGCUCCAUCAGGGCACAGCCUCAUGAAAUUGAGCUCAAGAUGAUGAACGGGCUCGUGAAAGGCCAUGCGUACUCAGUAACUGCAGUGAAGAGGGUUCGUUUGGGUCAUGGGCUGCUGGCCUACUUCAAGAAUGAAACCAUUCCUCUGAUCCGUAUGAGAAAUCCCUGGGGUAAGAUUGAAUGGAAAGGAGCCUGGAGUGACAGUUCUGAGGAAUGGGCAAAGGUUGGUGACACAGAGAGGCAUAACCUUGGCAUCACAGUGGAAGAUGAUGGAGAGUUCUGGAUGUCAUUUACAGACUGGUGCAAGUUCUUCACUGAUGCAGACGUGUGCCGUGUCAUGAAUACUUCAUUGAUUAGCGUCCAUAAGACUUGGCAUGAGUACGUGCACUUUGGCAGCUGGGCCAAAAAUGCUGACCCACUUCUAAACCGCUGUGGCGGCUGUGCUAACCACAAACAGACAUUCCUGCAGAACCCGCAGUAUUUAUUUGAUGUGACAAAGGAGACAGAUGAGGUCCUCAUCUCGUUGCAACAGAGAGAUAUGAAAAUCCACAGACCUCAAGGUCACGGAGAAAACCUUACCAUUGGCUUUGGCAUCUUUAAGGUGGAGCUGAACAGGAAGUACCGUUUACAUGACAUUCUGACCCAAAAGUGUGUAAAUACGUCAACCUACAUCAAUGCUCGGACAGUGUUCAUGAGGAUCAAUCUGACUCAGGGCCGAUAUGUCAUCUUCCCCACCACCUUCCAGCCUCUUACGCUGGGCGAUUUCAUGCUCCGGGUUUUCACUGAUGUGGAGUCCGGCUGCAGGGAGCUGACAGCGGACAAGCCACAGGUAAAAUGCUGGAGUUCAAUCAUUGGUUACCCACAAGCUGUGUCUCAUGUCUAUGUACAUUCAGCUGAGGGGCUGCAGAACCAGGACCGCACAGGAGGUGCAGACCCCUACGUGAUCAUAUCAUGUGAGGGCAAGUCAGUCAAAUCCACCAUCCACAAUGACACCUUAAACCCAGAGUUUGCAACUAGCGGUGUUUUCUACAGGAAAAAGCUGAGCAAGCCCAUAACUGUGCAGGUGUGGAACAGCAACGCAGUGAAGGAUGAAUUUAUGGGCCAAGUCGUGUUGUCCGGGUCAGUGAACGACCCCACUGAACCUCAGAGGCUUCAGCUCAGAGAUCAAGGACGGCAGAUGCCCGGCAUCAUCGGCCUAAGGAUCGUCACCUCGGUUCAGCUGACUGCCAUAUGACCGGAGAGAGGGCUGAAUCCUUUCUCAGCUCCAACGUGAACAUAUUGUGUAACUUAUUUGACAAGCAUCAAAACCAGCAGCGGGAUGCACUUAUUUGUAUGAAGGUGAAUUUAUGUGAGCAGGGUACUGUCACAGGACAAACUGAAAAUCUCUCCCUUUUCGUUACUUUUAAUCUUUUUUUUAAAAAAUUCAUGCUUUUAUAAGUUAUAUAUAAGGUUUUUAUUUUGAUGUGUUUGUAACCCCGAUUAUUCUGAUAUGACACUGUGAGAAACAUGGCAGUAUUUGUCCUUCAGGCCUCACAGUUACCAAGAUUGCUGCCUGUACAGUCGCCUUUUUGCAGAGUAACGUGUUAAAUGCUACACCUGGUGUUACACGUAUGCAUUCCUCUUCUGUUUCUUUCCUCCAGCAGUUUACAAUCAUGGUUAAUUCUCAUGAGUACUAAGAAAAUCCUCAAUGGAACAAAAAUUAAAAGAAAUCCUAAGACCAAACACUGCUACGACUCUGGUUUUCUUCCUCUUUUUAUUUCAGUCCAGUUCCCAAACUGCAAUAUUUUGUUGUUUUUUUUCCUUCAGUUUUUUUUUGUUUUUUGGACACUCAAGACACAGCCAUGCACAAUUCAAAGUUCAAAAAGUCUAUUGCUUCAACCACAAUUAAAAAUAGUUUAUCCAAAACCUCAUUUCCCCUUCACUCAUUUGUCCGUUUCCAAAGAUGGGGGAAGGCCUGCUGAGGUAUGCCAGAUGGAUCAGCAGUUUUACAAAGCUAGACAAUAAUAAGAGUAGUAGUAAUAAUAAUAAUCAUAAUAAUAAUAAAGAUAAUAAUUUAAAAAGUAACAUUUUUUGUCUUUGUUCCAUUCUCUUGAUACACAUUAAUAGAGGAAUUUUCACACCACGUGUACAGGUUUACACAUUCAGAAGAUAGGAAUGUACAGGAGCAACCACAGAAAAGGGGGCACGUCAGCGGUGUCUCUCGUCCCGAAAUUCACCUUUGUGCUCAUAGUUCAGACCUGUACAUGGGGCAGAGGCCAGAUGUCCCAGGGCUGGCGAAGCUUCCUAACAGGCCACCCACACCUACCACGCGCACUCACACACGCACACACACGCACAAACACUCAGCAGUGGUAUUCAGGACAGACUGUGUGGGCCCGCACACAGAGUGCUGCAUUCAUCGGCUCUCUGUCCGGAUGAAGGAGUGUCCGAUAAAGCCCAAACAGGAGAGGUGGAUCCAGGAGUGCAGAGACGGCGUUUGUGUGUUUGCUUUUCUCUCUUUUUUUCUCUCUUCUAUUUCCAGGGUGCAAAACAAUUAUCGAUACAUACCGUAGAGCAACCUGAAUAUUGUCGUUUUAGGUUACAUAGUUAUGAAAAAAAAAUGGGGGUUCCCGUCGUAUUUACAUACAUACAUACAUAUCCUAACAAUCUUAACCUAUCUGAAGAUGACAUACAGUGUAUAGUUUGUUUUACAUGCAUGGAUUCUGUUGCAUCCUCCUGUCUCACGUCACUCCUUCAUCUUCUGCGCUGUACAGUGGAGGUACAAUAUGACUAAGCAGCUACCCUGCACCUCAAAGUCAAGGUGGACAACACGAGUGAGGCAUCUUCUAGUGCAGAUUGAGGUAGCCCCCUAACACACACACUCACGCACGCACACACACACGGGGGGGGAUGCUACAUGGGAAAUGCCCAAUGAAGGCAGCAAAUACAGACACAAAAUCUAAACUUCUGUACAGAGGAGUGAGUUUAAGCAAACCCAGUAUGGAAGGAAUGAUGGCGAUCAAUGUGAACCUCGGCUAGGGUUUUCAGCGCUAUAGGGCAAGGUACAAUCAUAAAAUGGCACUCCCUGCUUCCUGCUUCACUCCCUGGAUAACAUCCCCCCUCUUUAUGAUCAGACGCACGCCCAAAAGGUGAUAAAAUGUAAAUAUCAUGGAAAGAAUUUGCAUAACAUCCGAUUAAAUGAGGGGGAAAAAAGGGAGAAGGGAGGACGGAAGGAAGGGAGGACGGAAGGGGGGGGGCCGCUGGUGGUCAGUGGCUCAUUGGACACAACACAUGCAUUUGAAGUAUUUUCCCUUUAUGUCGUGUUUGUCAGUCUCAAUUGGAUAAAUAUAUUUUUUGUUCACAGCAUUUGUUUGUUAGGUGCAUCUUUUUUUUCUGCUAUGUGAUUGAGGACACUGUGAUUCUUGGGGCAUCCUUGGGUGUGAUUUAGUGUGGCGCUGGACCUCCAACUUACUGUAGA